AUGGCUAAAAUAACAAUGUCACAUAUAUUGGUGGCUGUGGCUCUAUUUGUGGUGCUUGUUUCUAUGGAAGCUGCCUUGGUUAUGGGGGCGGGCAGUGGAAAUGGCAACGAAGCCGAUGACACUGCUGUGGCACAUUACGACGAAUUGACACCACUGGAAUCAGGGGAGGAGCGAGGUUUCUGCAAAGCAAAGGGGGCCUGUUAUUACAAGACCCUUGUGUGUCCAUCUGAAUGCCCUCAGAGGAAGCCAAAGAAGAACAAGAAACACAAGGGUUGCUUCAUCAACUGCGGCAGCAAGUGCGAAGUUACUUGCAAGUAUAGGAAAGCUAACUGCAAUGGAUAUGGCUCUCUCUGCUACGAUCCUAGGUUUGUUGGUGGCGACGGUGUAAUGUUCUACUUCCACGGAGCCAAGGGAGGAAACUUUGCCAUUGUCUCAGACAAAAACCUCCAGAUCAACGCACACUUCAUUGGGACCCGACCAGCAGGAAGGACCCGUGAUUUCACAUGGGUUCAGGCACUGGCAGUGAUGUUCGACACUCACACCCUUGUUAUUGCAGCAAAGAGGGUCUCAAAGUGGGAUGACAAAGUUGAUUCUCUCAUGGUAAAGUGGGAUGGUGAGGCAGUAAUCAUCCCCGCUGACGGAGACGCGGAAUGGAGGACGAAUGGUGAAGACAGAGAGGUGAUAGUCGAAAGAACCGAUGACACAAAUUACGUAAGAGUUACAGUUGCUGGUCUCCUGGAAAUGGACAUAAAGGUCAGGCCUAUUGGAGAAGAGGAAAACAGAGUUCAUAACUACCAAAUACCAGCUGAUGAUACUUUUGCUCAUCUGGAGACACAAUUCAGAUUUACAAAUUUAUCUGAACUCGUGGAGGGAGUUUUGGGCAAGACUUACAGGCCAGGUUAUGUUAGUCCAGUGAAGGUUGGGGUUCCAAUGCCAAUGAUGGGUGGGGAGGACAAGUACCAAACUUCGUCCUUCUUUUCUCCUCUCUGCAAGGUUUGCAGGUUCCAAAGACAACCUGAGCUUGCAGCAACUGGAGGAGUUGCUCAGUACUGA